AUGGUCGGGAUACCUCGAAGUAGCGGUUGUUUGCUCUGUGUUCAGCGUCGGGUGAAGUGCGACGAGAGACGUCCAGGAUGUCAACGAUGUGAAACUUACGGAAGGCCAUGCCCUGGCUAUGAUCGUGGCUUCAAAUUCGUGCCUGGGAAGCCCUACCGUGCUCAGCGUCGCCGUCGAGCUGGCACGGGUUCUGCAAAAUCUCAUAUACAAGAGGAACCCCAGGAGGUGUAUCAGCCACUGAUAGAGCACACUAAUCAAUCCUCAUCACAGCAUAUCAUACAGAGCCUAAGUAUACUGAUUGGUGACUUUUCGACGCCAUCUUCUGCAGUUUCACCCCAUAUCGUUACUCGUUGGUUUGGGUUUCUGCCAACUAUCUAUGGACGGAACAAGACAUUGGAUGCUACUAUCAAAUCCUUUACAGCUCAUCAUAUGGGAAACGCUACUGGGAAUCAAGAGAUUAUUCGCUAUGGGCAGUCUGCGUACGUGGAAGCUCUACACAGACUUCAGAGAUCUUUGAAUAAUCCCACGGAAUGCGUCUCCUCACAUAUCUUCUGCGCAGUGAUGCUGUCAUGCUUAUAUGAGCUUUUCUUCAACACACAAGAUUCUGAAUCUUGGAUGAAGCAUGCCAAGGGGCUGAGCCGAUUAGCUGAAUUCCGAGGACUUGAUUGCUACCGAAACGAAUUUGACAGUAUUCUGCUCAAAGCUUCCCGUGGGAUUGUUAUCAUGAAUUCCGUAUUUUCCGGUCAAGAAUGCUUCCUAGCAUCAGAGAGCUGGCAUAUUGUGAUGAAGGAGCACUGUGAUACAUUCUUACCAGCGGGUCUGGGGUAUCUGAUUGAAGAGUUUAUUGUGUAUUUCACAUUCGCCCCAAGUCUUAUACAUAAACUUUAUGCUCUCAAACAGGCGGACCCAGCAAGUCCAGAGACGCGGGUACAGAUGUCAGAAACUCUCAAGCGCACUCUUGAUAUGCAAGAAAAGUUGAAUGCGUGGUAUGACAGAUAUUCACGUAUCGCUCUUCCCCCAAGGGAAACCGUUUCACCUUCUGAAGACAAACUGUACCCCAUGGUUCUCUCAUAUUCAGAUCCAACCAAUGCGUCGGUAUUCUGUGGUUAUUACUCUUACACGGUGAUUAUACAUGAGAUCCUGAAAGCUUGCAGCUAUCCCGGCGAGCAUGAGGCCAUGACCGUCUACUUCCGAGACCAAAUUUGCAAGUCUGUCGAAUACAAUGGCAGGGGUCUCCUUGGACCAUACCAAAUGGCGUUUCCCUUGCGGGUGGCGUUUGAAGUUGCUGAUCCUGUGGUCAAAUCGUGGAUCAAGGGUUGGCUUAUACGACUUUCGAAUGUCUAUCCAGCUUUACAACCGCAGAGGUUUGAGUGA